GCUGAAUGGAUCAAGUCGCGACAAUAAUCCACAAAUGUGGUACGGAUAUAUACCAAGAUUGUCAACAUUUUACCGCUGAAGCUAUGAGGCUAUCGGCCAAUUAUCGGCCAGGAAAAGAAAAUCUCCAAGACAUUUGGUUUAAGAUUUGCUUUCAGUCACACCGUUCCAAUCUAAUUUAUUGAUUACUUGCGCGUCACCGGUUAAACCUUAG